CCGGAUGUACAGUUCACCCGGUAGCUCGAAAACCUCUAAUUAUAUUUACCUACAGGUGUUCCCAGUCCCACAGUAAACAUGGCGGAUACAACCUCAAAUCGUCUAUAGGUCUUCUAUUUACCUGCAGUUUAACGGUGGUGACGUCAUCACUGUGCUGCUGGGGGAAAUAAAAGUACGGAGAGGGCGGGGCAGCAAUUCUCAUAUUUAUAACGUGGGUGGAAAUCGCUUGUAUUUAACAUGAAGGACACGAACAAGCUGCGGAUGGCGGAGCAGUUCCUUAAUCACGCCCUGGGGUUUGUCUACCUACUGACUGGGGAGCAAUACUUUAUAACGAAGAAAACUCCUUCACACAGCAGCACUCACCGGCUGAGCGGAGAGGUGCCUAUAAAGUGUGAUGACGUUGCCGUGUAUUUCUCUAUGGAGGAGUGGGACUAUAUAGAGGGACAGAAGAAGAUUUACAAGGAUGUUGUGAUGGAGACUCAGCAAGCACUAAGGACAAUAGAGAUCUCAGGAAAUGAGAGCUCAGGCCACUGUGAGGCUAAUAUAAAUACAGAGUUAAUAUGUGAGAAGGGAGAGUACGAGAGACCUAACAAGCCACUCCCCCAAGGAGAGACCAGUUCUGUUGUCCUUAAAGACGAAUCUGAUGCUGAGGUGGUAUCUUCAGCCGGAGAUCAGCCCGUAAUGAGUCAUCUGGAAGCUCCGCAGCAGGAAAUCUAUAACUGUAUCAGCUCAGAUGGAUCUGUUGUUGAAGUCUUAUUAAAUACUGAACAAACCGUAGAUUUGACUGUAGAACAUCGUCUGGAAGCUCUGAAGGAGGAAAUCCAUGACCAUACCAGCUCAGGUGAUGUCAAUGUUGCUCAUCAAACCAAAGAUUUGGAGCAGAAACACUGUGAAGAUAUCAGCACAGUAUGCUCCUUCCAAACGGAUGGAUGUGACAGGGAUGAUUUUAAAGAAUCCAGUGCAAUAUUUUAUCUGUCAGAGAAUACGGCAGAAGACAUUACCACUGGUCCCAUUCAACAAAUACAAGGAAAACUCGCUAAAACAUUGUUACAUAAAAGACAAAAUCUCCAAUCUAAAUCAAGGUCUUACCAAAUAAAUUCAUUCAAAACGGAGGGAUGUAACGGGGAUGACAUUAAAGAAUCCAGUGCAAUAAUUUAUCUGUCAGAGAAUACAGCAGAAGAAAUAAACACUGAUCACAUUCAACAAAUUCAAGGAAAACUCACUGACCGAUAUUUACCUAAAGAAUUGUUUCAUAAAAGACAAAAUCUCCAAUCUAAUAAAACAAGGUAUCCCCAACAAAAGCUAAACUUCUAUUGUAACAAUGCACCAUCUACUUCCAUGACUGUUAAUAUGCAAGAACCAGCAAAUGGUGUAAAAUGCGUUGGAGGAAUAAAACCUAAAUCACAUUCUGUACCAAAGCCGUAUGUCUGCCAGAUAUGUGGGAAAGGCUUCUUUCAGUGUUUGCAAUUUGUUAAACACAGUAGAAUUCAUAUGAGGAAAGAUGCACACGUUUGCCAAGUGUGUGGAAAUGCAUUUACUCAAGCCUCUGAUUUGCAUAGACACCACAAAACCCAUACUGGGGAAAAGCCUCACAUUUGUAAUUUAUGUGGCAAAAGGUUCUCAUACAAUUUUAAUUUGGUUACACACCUCAGAACCCACACAGGAGAAAAACCAUAUGUUUGCCAGGAAUGUGGUAAAAGAUUCUCUCAUGGCUCUAGUCUAGUGACGCAUCAGAGAACCCACACAGGAGAAAAACCGUAUGUUUGCCAGGAAUGUGGUAAAGGCUUCUCUCAUGGCUCUAGUUUAGUGACACAUCACAGAACCCAUACAGGAGAAAAGACCUAUGUUCACCAAGAACGUGGUAAAGACUUCUCUUAAUCAUCGAGUUUGUGUGAACAUUAUAAAAAGCCAAACAACAAAGAAAUCUUAUGACUUCCAGGAAAAUGAAAGAUCGUAUUUGGUUUCACACAUCCCAUGCACAAGAGAGUUCAUAGACUUGACUAUAAGAUAGAAACACUUUCUAAGAAAAUUGUUUCCUUUGCCAGAAGUUGUUUUGCUAAUUAAUUGAACCUAAUUAGGCACUUUCGAUCUUAUAUAUGAAUUUAAUUAAAUGUGUUUUCUUUAGAACUAUAGAAAUCUUGCACAAUAGAAGCUUUCUUGAUUGUCUUUAACACAUUUAUAUUUUAAUAAAUAGGUGUAAAUUGA